AUGACCACUAUCACUCCUCAGACGCCGGGCCACAAGCGGUCGGCAACCGCAAUAAUACGCUCCUUUGUUUCCCCACACAAGUCACCUUCAAAGUCACCAUCAAAGUCGCCUCAGAAGUCUUCUCCGGGGUUUUCAGGAAAAAAGUCGUCUUCGUAUUUUAGCGGAACUGGGCCUUCAAAUCCUUUGAAUAGUUAUAUGGUAACGGGUUCAAUGGCCCCACCUCAGCUGCCAGAGUUGUCGUUGGACAAUUCCUCGUUCCUGCCACCGUUGGAGCCGCCCAAUCCGCCGUUCGCUCAGAAGCCUAGCGGAAAGAUGCAUAAGAGGUCCCUCUCGUCUCUAUCGAUUUCGUCGUUUACUUCAAGGAAGGAUAAAUCGGUUCCUUCCUCACCCACGAGGGGUAGUUUGGAUAUUCGGGGAGGCACCGUGUUUGACCUAAUCAACAAUUUCAAUAAGGUGGCUGAACAGAGCUCAACCCAGAGUACGGGAUGCUUUGGGGGUCAAAAGAAGCCUAACAAAGCCAGAAGCACAAUUGACUUUUCAAUUCUGAGAAUGAAUAAGAAGCCUUCCGUUGAUAUCAAAGGUCCUUCUGGAGAUAAGGAAAAUCAGAGACCGGCCCCUGAACCUACACCGAGCACAUCUAGAAGCCCAGGGCUUACCAACGUCCCCGGGCCGAUUGAAGGUCUACACCUUUUCUCGCUGCCGAGAGACCACCCUCAUUCUCAAAGCAAGAAACCCCCUCCAGUUCCGUUCAAGGAUCGUAGUCCUAGAAUUACCCCGUCAUCUUCAAAUACCUCCCUGCAGCGCAGCCUUCUGCCCGCCGCAUUGAUCGAGCAGCAACCGCGAGCUUCGUUCUCAUCUUCCAACUCUUCUGUCUUCGCCCAACAAGAACGAGCAAGCACGGAGGAAUUGGUCAGGAAGUAUACUCCAAAUGAAUAUACGCCAUCAUCUCAGCGCAAUUUCUUUGGUCAAUGUGAACCCAACCUAGCAAGGAAGCCCGUAAACGGCUCCACCGGAAGUGGUAGUAGUAGCGGAAAGCCUAAGCAGAGACCAAAGAGUGCCUACAUUCCUCCUUCGGCCUCGUUGCUAUCUGGUGGAUUUAGUGUUGCAUCCCCAAGAAAGGGGAGCUAUGAGCUGCGGCAUAGCAUGGAGAAGAAGCAGUCGGAAGACGGACGGAGGUCUCCUACUGGGAGUCAGGGUAGCCAGGGAAGCCAAGGCAGUCAAGGGAGUGGAAAGAGUACUGUGAGCAGCCAAGAUGCUAGCUUGGAUUUGGAAGGAAUUGACGUUGCCUUUGAAGCUCUACUUGUAGUUCUCUCGUUACCCAUUUUUUUGUUCACUCUCGCUGACGUGUCUGAAAUAGGAUUCUCGAGGUGUACCGGAAAAUCUCCGGGAUCGGAUGCGAAAGCUGGAUAUCAGAGUAAAACAAGAAUUCAUUAGAAAAGAGGCACAAAUGGAGAAGACCGCCGAAAGGGCUAUAGCAGCACCAUCUUCAUCUGGUUUAUUUGGGAGAAGGCCACAAACUGCGCAUGGGGGAAGGCCUGAAUCAAGGCCAAAGUCAAAAGAGGGAACCAGGAGUCUCGAUGCGCCACCUAGUCCAACCAAGAAGACUAGGCCCCGUAGCCGUACUUUUGGCGCCUCUAAAGACAAGGGUUCGUCUGCUCCUACGUUCUUAGGCUCGCCAAAGAAGCAAAAGAGUUCUGAUCUAGGCCCUACCGGCGACAAAAGCCUACGCGUUAAGGGUAUUGUAUUCCCUCCGGCCUCGACAUCUGCCAUUCCGGGUAGCGGCUCAACCUCUCCAACCAUGGUCCCCACACUUGGUCCUCAAGAAUGGGUAGAGUGGCUCCGGGACGCAGCUAGACCUAAAAUCAAAGGACACAAGAUGUUUGUGGAAGAUAUUGAUGGAAAAUGUAUUCGGGGUGAGCAGGGAAUGAAGGAUGUUGAAGUUUCUGUUCUCCACAAGCUCCGUCUCGUACUCCGGAAUGAACGCUUGCGAUGGGUUGAGAAAUUCGUUGAACUUGGUGGCAUGCAGGCAGUUUGGGGUGUUCUGGAAAGAGUAUUGCGUAUUGAGUGGAGGUAAUACCCCCCGGCGACUUUUCAGAUUGUUCAUUAGUUCGAGUACUCACCGUUUUUACGUGAUUUAGAGAGGAGCAUGAAGAUUUAUUGCUUCACGAGCUUCUACUCUGUCUUAAGGCGCUCUGCACGGCUUCUUUGGCCCUUGAGAAGCUUCUAGAGAUGGAGAACAUGGUCUUUCCUCGUUUGAUUGAACUUCUUUUUGAUGAGGAGAAGAAGGGACCAUCGGAAUUUACGACCCGCGGGCUCAUCAUUAGCCUUUUGUUCACACAUCUGUCUACCGCACCGCAAGCCCAAAAGCCAGUGCGGACAAAGAGAAUUUUGGGAUACCUUGCCGAUAAGGUUCCUAGUGAGGAUCAGCGGCCAGUUGAAUUCAUUGAGGUUGCUCAUACGAGACGGCCUUACAAAAGAUGGUGCAAAGAGCUUUCCAAUAUCACGAAGGAGGUCUUCUGGAUAUUCCUUCAUGGUGCCAAUGUCAUUGCGUUGCCGGUGUUAUCGCCAAACUACAGUCAGGGAGGGGGUUAUACAUAUUGCGCAAACUAUUUCCCUGCAGAACGCCCACCGGUCCCCGCUGCCCCUUACGUUGGCGGUGUUGAAUGGGAGGCUACCAACUACCUUGCAAACCAUAUGGAUUUGCUUAAUGGGUGUAUUGCGAGCCUGGAGGCUCGUGAGGAGCGAAACAAUCUUCGCUUAGACCUUAGGAACUCUGGGUGGGAGAAACUUAUGGGGGGAAGUUUGAGGACAUGUAAGGAGCGGCUACACACUGCUCUUCAUGAAGGGCUCAAGACUUGGGUAGCCGCAGCCGUUGCAGACGAGUGGGAAAUCACAGAUGUUAGAUUUGGUCCUAGGAUCGAGCAGUAUAGUCGGGAUGCAGGAAAAGACGCUAAGAAGGAGAAACGCAAGAAGAAGGAGCAACAGCGUGAACAAGAGGAGCUCAAGCUUCAACUUCCCAAGUUGGAUUUUGCCAAUGGUGGUGUUGCAGCUGGUGGAAAAUCGAGAAAUGAUGGCACGGAUGGAGGAUGGCUAUACUGA